UUUUGACAAAGUCUAGCACAAAUCUUUGCUUUCUAAACUACCCUCUUACAGAUUAUAUCCCUUUCUCUGUACUUUUAUCUCCAGUUUCCUUUCAGGCUGAUCUAUCUCUGCUGUGCUAGACAAGUCAGUGUUCUACCCAUAAACCUAUCAACACUGGUAUUCUGCAGGGCUCUGUUCCAUCUCCCACACUUUGUCGUUCAUUAAUGAAUGUUCUCUCCAAAACGAACUAUUCCAUUUACUCCCACUCUGAUGACUUUAUUCUGCUUUACUCACCAUAACACAAAACCUUACCAACAGGAAUUCCAAGACUUGAGGCUGGACGCUACAGGACACUUAACCUCUGACCUUACUUUCAUUUUUGAAUGGGGCAGAAGGACUUUACUUUCAUUUUUGAAUGGGGCAGAAGGAACUUGGUGUCCUUCAAUAACUCAGUUUCUCCACCUGUCAACUCGGCACACUCUUCCACAGACUGAGCUAUCCCAAAUUCUUUGAUAACACUCAGCCGUCCCCUUCUUCUACACUAAACAUUCUCGGUCUAUCCUUAACUCAGUAUCUCAACUGGAAAAUUCCAUAUAGUUUAAGCUCAAGAGGUGGCGCUGUGGCUCCCGAGGCUGGCUGGCACCACCUCUGACACUGUUACUAAUAUGCUUGUGUUCCCGUGAGCCCUGCCCCAGCCGGGACUGUGGUUUUGCUGCUGUUCCUGCUAUUUCCGGAAAGAAGACAAUGCAAAGGAAGAUGCAUGCUGCUAGUGGUGUUGAGGCGCACUGCGGGGAGGGACCACAGUCAGCGGCCCGCCAGUCGCGCGUCGGCAGCCGUGAGUGGACCACGCGACGCCCCGCCGCGCCGAUCAGCAGUAAUGGUGAUGAUGGUGGUGGUGGGGGAGGUCCAGCUAGAAGCAGUUGUGGUGGUGUUGGUGGUGAUGGUGGUGGUGACAGCAGCCGCCCCGGUCACCACCUUCCUGGCCGUGGCUAGGGACAUGGCCCCGCCACCCCUGGUCACCUCCUUCACUACCAAGACCAAUGGCACCACCGUCUCUGCCAACCUGGCUCAGUGCGGACAGUUGUGUUUUGCUGCAACAGUUGAGCGCUGUUUGGCCUUUGUGUGGCGGCCACUCACUCUGCCUGUUCUGACCAGCACCAACACCAUCAACAGUAGCAGUGGCAGGGAGCUUGGUUUAGAGGGGAGUUGUGAGUUCCUGUCAUGCCUGCCCCACCCUGCCUCCCUCGUGGCCUACCCUGGCGCACAGCUCUUUGUGGUCAAGACCGGAGACUCUCCCAGCCCUCCCCCGGCCUUCAAGCCCAGCCUAGUGCCAGAGAGCUACUCCAUGGCAUGCACCUUUGCCUUCAAGGUGUUCAGUGUCCCAGAGCUGAGCCAGUGGCAGGCCUCCAAGCACUGUGCCCAGGAUGGUGCCCGUCUCGCUGUGUUCAAGAGUUAUGAGGAUGAGGCAGCAGUGAGUUUGGACGUCAGACACACAGAGUCCUACUGGAUUGGGCUGACAGACAGCCAGCGGGAGGGUACAUGGCGCUGGGCUGACCGGAGUGAGGUGAAGUAUUCCAACUGGGACACUGGCCAGCCCAACAACUUUGCAAGGGGAAGGGAGGACCAGGACUGUGUGGUGCUGUUCAAGGGCCGCUGGAACGACCGCCAGUGCCGCCAAACCUUUGGGUUCAUCUGCCAGGUGCCUCUGCUGUACCGCUGACACACACAGGCACCAAUAAUCUAAGCAGUGGUAGUUGUGACUGUGCAUGGGAGCCAGCCAGACCCCUGAAGACUGCACGAGAUAAUUACUGACGACAACAGGAUGCUGCUCUACAUCUAGCAACAGGAAGGUACCCCGUGGUGGGUGCCUUCCCCUUGCUGCAGCCUUUCCACCCUCCAGUCAUGUUUGUUCCUCCUCCACAGCAGCCAUAGGCCAGUGUGUGACAUGUUAGAUUCUACUGAUAUGCAUGCAUCAACAUUUCACAUGUGCACCGGUAGUGUUUGCUUCAUGCAGUUGCACAAUGUAGAAUCACUAGUUUGUACAGGUCACUGCAUACUGACUUCAAAAUAGGUGAAUCCCUUCCCAUUUCUCUCACUACUGCUUACAGGUUUUACAUUAUAUUUACAAACCCCAGUUACCCUGCCCACCCCUUACUAUAUAGGUUUCAGAGGCUGUGUUGUAUAGUGUUUUGGGAAUAACUUUGUUAAAGUUUUGCAUCAGAAUAACUUGGCAGAGUAUGUUUCAUAUUUUGUUCUGUUUUUGUCAAUAUGAUUUGUUAAAAAGAUGUGGAUACUUUAGGCACCUGUAUGUAAAGGUACAUAACUAAAACCCAGCAGAUGCCUGAGCUAUCCAGCUGUGAACUCAACAGCGGAGGUGUUGAGUAUCUUGGCAGGCAGAGUGCUGGGCUCGGUGCUGCCACAACUGAAUGAAUUAUACGCCGGACAUGUUGUUGGCCACUGCACAAAUGCACAACGCUGUCUCCACAGAAAAGUUUGCUAGCCUUGCAAAAUGAAGGACUUCAUCAGCUGGGUUUUAGCCUUACAUGCCUCUUGUAAGUGCCUUAUUUAUUUAUCUACAUCUUGUUAAAAAUCAUACUGACAUAAAUGGGGCAAGGUCUAAAACAUGCUGUCAAAUUAUCAUGCUUAUCCAACACUGUCAAAAAGUUAUUCCUGAAAAUUAAUUUAAAAGUCUGAAACCCAUGAUGAGUCAAAUAAAUCUUCCAGUAAUGUCCAAUUUCAUGGCUCACAUCUGUAAUGCCUCAAAUCAACACAGUGACCCACAUCAGGCUUUCAAGACAAGCAACACAGCUGUUUUCUGUCAUCUAUUGUUAGAGAGAAGGGGGAAAACAUUCCUCUCCUCACUGCCUGCCUGAUUACAGCCACAUACCACUCUCCUUCCCUUUUACUCCAUGGCUUCAGCAUAAAUAAUAAGUUGUUCACAAUUAGCUGAGGAUCACACACCACCAGGGUUGUUGCUGUUAUCUGUUAUUCACAAAAUUAUUGUGAAUUUAUGCUGAAGCCAUUGGGGAAUGGGCGAGAUGUGUUGUAUGGCUGUAAUCACGAUGUCGUGUGGAGGUGAGAAGUCUCUCUCUCCAAGAAAGAUACAUGGAUUGAUGUAUGAACAGAGAAGCUUGUCUCUCCUGGAUCCAGCACAGCAUUGAUAAAUGUAACCCCAGGUCGAA